CUCCCCUCGCUAGUCCACAUGCUCACAGCCGCCUCCCUCCCCACUUCGGCACCUGCGGAUGCCAUCUCGUUGCCGAUGCGGCAUGGUCCUCGCGCGGAACCAAGAUGGAGCAGCGCCAGAUCGAGCGGCAGCAAUAUGCGGCGGCCGGAGACCUUGGCGACCUGCGACGACGCGCGUCGGUAGCUGCUUGCCUAGCCACGGCUAACCGGGUGACGGGGAGCGGCGGCCCAGUUGGCUCCUCUCAUCGCCAUCUUCGCUACCGCAGUGCCGGCCCCGUCUUUCCUUCUCCACCAGUGACACGCAAGAGCACACAAGAAAGCGCUCACCCAAUCAAACAACACAAGUCUAUCUUGAGGAGAAGGCUUAACACGCCGUCUGCAGCGACUCUAGCGCCCAUGGAUCCGGCUACCUGCUCAUCUGAGGCGGCAAUGGCAAGAGCAUAUUGUGCAGAGGAAGAGGAUGAGAAGAAACUUUUGGUUCUCAUCUAAUCUUUGUGGAACUCUUUUUAUGUGCGGUUGUGUAUUUGUUGGGUCCUUUUUCUGUGCACUUGCACUUGCAGAAGUAUCCUGUUAUGUACAUAUAAAAUUAUUUUGAUGUGCCCUUGUUAGGCGUUGAACCUUAA